AGCUGCGCUCCGUCGGUCCCACUGCUGCGGCAUCCCGGGCCGCGCGCUCCACCACCGCCCGGAGGAACACGGCUCACACAACGUGACUCGCUAUUAAGCCGCUCUUCAUCAUCGCUGCGUUUUCACCUGUAAGUGGGCGAAGGUCCCGCCAUGGGGAAGGACUACUACCAGACCCUGGGGAUCCCCAAGGCCUCCAACGAGGAGGAGAUCAAGAAGGCGUACCGCCGCAUGGCGCUGCGCUUCCACCCCGACAAGAACACGGAGGCCAACGCCGAGGACAAGUUCAAGGAGGUGGCCGAGGCGUACGAGGUCCUGAGCGACCCCAAGAAGAGGGCGGUCUACGACCAGCUGGGGGAGGAAGGUGAGCCCGGAAGACCCCGUGCCCUGUUGGGUCUGGGAGGGUCGGGGUUUACUGUGUGUGUGUGCGUGCGUGUGUGGGACAUCAGCAGGAGGGGGGUAAUCACCCGGUCACGGUGA